AUGUCUCAAUCGUCACAACUACCAGAAGGUUCUGCUGAUAACUCUAGUGUAACAUUGGAGAGUAGUCAUCAACUUACUCAAUUAGUUAUACAAUCAUCUCGAUUAUUGAGUGAUGCUAUGAGUACAACAUGCACAGCUGAGGAAUAUGAUGAGAAAGAGUUAAGUCAGCAACUUCGAACAACAGAUGUGACAGUCAAUUUAUUUGAUUGUAUGAAGUGUUUUGUUAAAAUUCCACGAUGUAAAAUUGAAGAUCAUAUACCUAAUUGCACUCCAAGUGCGCCAACAAAUCUGGAUUGUGUAAUACAAGAAUACCGAGAAGAACAAGAAGUAGCAUCACAUAUGCAAACAAACCAAACGAUAUCAGAUACUGUAAAACAAAAGGAAGAAGAAGAUUAUGGUGCAUUAGAUUAUCUAGACGAUAACAAAUCCAAUGAAAACUAUGAUUACUAA